CAACCUCUGAAGCCAUCAUCUCAACCCGUCAACACCACAACUUCGCAUCAAUUGUCUCCUCGUCCGUCUCUCGUCAGCUCGGGGACUUGUUCCAGGCCAAUUGCCAGCCCAUUGACACUCUUCCAUCCUCUCUCCAGCCUCCCCAGCUCACAUCCUCCGCAAAUGUCGGGCGUUAAUGUUCUGCGCUUCUCAGCGCUCGGUCUCGGCGUUCUCUACGGAUUCAACCACCAGCGAAACAUUACCAAUGCCGAUAAAGCCAAGCAAGCACAAAAGGAAUACGAAUCCAAGGCCAAGCUGAUAUCAGAGGCAAAGGCCGAGUUCCAGCGGAAAAAGAACCCGGCAAAAGCGAAAACCGAGGAGAAUAAGAGUGCUGGCUUCGACUUCACAUCAAACUCAUCGGGCGCCGACUUUGAUUUAGAGGCCUUCCUUCAUCUCAAGGAUGGGCAGUAGGGUAAAUCAAGAGCAAGGCUGGAAAGAAACUUGUAAGAUGAAACAUAGAUAAGAAGACGAUGGGACGGAGAGGGCUGCUAUACCUGGAACAGGGCCGCGGCUGUGUGCAAACCUUCACGCGCAUAGAAAGGGAAAAUGAGAUAGUUCUUGUAUUAUGACAUUAUCAUCGUCGAUAACAUAUUCGUCAUCCGUCAUCGUUCUCAACAGCAUCGCCGUCGCAGCUGUCGUCGCCCUCAUACCUGCGUUUCAUAAAAUGUUCUUUUGCAGCCUCCUGCAAAUCGAGAGAGCAAAGAUAUCAUACAGGUAUCUCCAACACCUUCAUGCACCUAUGAACAACGAUCUUUGGGGACCAAGAUCACCACUUGGAACCGGUGGAUACUCUAAAUUAGUCGAAACUGCCGAACAUUAACACCUCUGUUCUUUAA